CUGGCGUCGUUGGAGGAGAGCCUCGAGCUGCUGAGGGACCGCUGCUGCCAGCUCGCGCGCAGUUGCAACGACUUCGCCGCAUCCCUGGGCGAGUCGUUCGAGGCGGAGAGCUCAUUCGUGCACGCCAUGGAGCGCUUCUUUGGUGCGCCCGAGGACGCCGUCAGCAUCGCCACUGGCGGCCCGGUGCUGGGGCAGUUCGUGAUGACGCUGCGCGACCUCACGAUAUUCAAGGAGACGCUCAAAUCACAGAUGGAGCACGUGCUGCAUGACAGGAUCACCAACUUCGUGGAGAACGAUCUCAACAACCUCAAGGAGGUGCGGCGGCGCUACGACAAGGCUGGGCGGCAGUAUGACCAGAUGCGCGAGCGCUUCCUGUCGCUCAAGAAGGGCAUCAAGGCUGAAGUCGCCGCAGAGGCUGACGAGGAUCUGCAAACGGCUCGCAUGCAGUUUGAGCAGGCGCGCUUCAACCUUAUGACAGCGCUGAGCAGUGCAGAGGCGAAGAAGAAGCACGUGUUCCUCGAGUCCAUUGGCUCUGCUGUGCACGCCCACCUGCGCUACUUCAAACAGGGCUACGAGCUGCUGCAAGCAGUGGAGCCAUACAUCCAUCAGGUCCUCACGUUUUCUCAUCAAGCACAGGAGCAGGCCAAUCAGGAGCAGACGGAGCUAGCAGAGCGAAUCUACCAGUUCCGGCGCACACAGGAGGAGGAGAGCGCACAGCUGGAGGCGGCCCACACGCACGCGCAGGCACAGGCGCUGGCGCACGCACAGGGGCGCGGGGGCGGAGGGCGCAUGUCGGGGGGAAGUUUGGGGGGCGCGGAGGGGGGAGCAGGGGGGGAGGGGUUUGGGCAGGGGCGGGGGCCGUACCGGCCUUCAGGAGGCGUGACGUCGACCAGUGUGGAGCAGAUGAUGCGUGCUGGUGCUGGCGGACAGAGAAAGGUGCAGGUGAUCAAGCAGGGGUACCUGGUGAGGCGCACUGCUGCCGCCCGCUCGCGGCACUUCUUUGUCCUCGAUUCAAGGGGCUCCCUUUACUAUCACAAGGACGCUCAGGUAUGUUCUUAUCUGGUAUUCCUUGCUCGCCCUCUUCCUCCUUCCUUGCACCCUCCCACUCCCCCUCCUCUCCCCGUCCUCUCCCCCCUCCCUCAGAACGCACGCUCUGACACGCUCUCCUCUCUCUUCUCCCUCGUCCGCGCUCGCACCACCGACGCCACCCCUGCCGCCCCCCCGCCCGCCAACCCCAUGGCCCAGCACUACCGCCCACUCGGCCUGGGCGGCAGGGGCAGCGGCGGGGGGCACGGGGAGGAGGGCGGAGACGACCAUGGCACAGAGGCAAUGGGCAUGGGAAUGGGGGCGGGGAUGGGGGGGAUGGGGAUGGGGGAGGAGGAGGAGCGGAACCACGCGCUGCAGUACGAGUCGCUGAACCUGCUCACUGCCACGAUCAAGAUGGACGCCGAUGAGCCCGACCUGCGCUUCUGCUUCCGCCUCGUCACUCCUGACUGCACACACACGCUGCAGGCGGAGAGUGCAGCGGAGCAGAGGGACUGGAUGGAGAAGAUCACGGCCGUCAUUGCCUCGCUGCUCAACUCCCACACCACCGCGCAGCCGGCCCCAUCAGUGGCGGACUUAACCAUCUCCCACCGGGCAUCAUCACAAGACGGGCAGGCAGCAGUGCUGCCCAUAGUGGAUCGGCCACUGGAGGUGCUGGGCUAUGUGAGCGGCAACGACCGCUGUGCCGAUUGCAGCCGGGCGCACCCCGACUGGGCGUCGCUCAACCUCUGUGUGCUUCUCUGCAUCGACUGCUCUGGCGUGCACCGCAACUUGGGCGUGCAUCGUUCCAAGGUGCGCUCGUUGACACUAGACGUGAAGGUGUGGACGGCACCGCUGGUGCGGCUGAUGGCCAUAGUGGGCAAUGACUUUGCCAACAGCGUGUGGGAGCAGCAGCUCAAAGACGUUCAGGGGGGGAGAGAAGGGAAUGCAGGUUCUUCAGGCCGUGCCCUGACACGAGUGGAGGGCGAGGAGGGCGAGGGGGAGGAUUACAUCCUGUUGGCCAACGAUGGAGGGGUGUCAAUGCCCGCUUUAGCAGCAGCAGCGCCUGCUGCGGUGCACAAGCCAGCAGACACGGACUCACUGGCAGUGAAAGAGCAUUACAUUCACUGCAAGUAUGUGGAGCGCCGUUACCAAGCGCCCGCCACCGACAACCCCUUGACCGCGCUGCACCACCUGCGAGCAGCAGUUGCCUCCUGUGACGUGCGCUCCGCCUUCCGCCUCCUCGUCACCGCGCCCGUCGACGUCAACGCUGACGUGGUCGGGGCCGUCGCCAGCACGGCGCCAGCUGGACCAGGGAUCACAAGAGGCGGUGCGGGGAGAACGGGGCAGAGGCUGCUGCAUGUGGCGUGUGAGAGGGGCGACGAGGCAAUGGUGGAGCUGCUGCUGCUGUGGGGGGCGGUGGUGAAUGUGGCUGAUGCUGAGGGCAGGACGCCCAUGCAAGUGGCACUGCAGCAUGGCAAUCAUGGAUGCUCCAAGCUGCUUGCUAGCAGGCCGAUGGAAGCGGGCGCCCGUGCGCUCAAGGUCAGCAGCGUGGACAUUGUUCCCCUUCCUUCACAACUGUAG